CGCGCCCACCGUCUGAACCGGGCGGGUAACUGCCCGGGAACAACGGAAAGGCGUUUGUUAGUCUGUGGUCUGACUUCGGUUGCAAUCUUGACAGCAGCAGUGAUCGCCGGACGAAGAGUAAGUACCUCGAGUGAUUGGGCAAAAUGGCAAAUAUCAAAAUCUUCGGAGGCAGCUCCCAUCAGGACCUAUCCCAGAAAAUUGUCGACCGCCUGGGCCUGGAGCUAGGCAAGGUGGUGACCAAGAAAUUCAGUAACCAGGAGACCUGCGUGGAAAUUGGCGAGAGUGUGCGAGGAGAGGAUGUCUACAUAGUGCAGAGUGGUUGUGGCGAAAUCAAUGACAGUCUAAUGGAGCUUUUGAUCAUGAUUGAUGCCUGCAAGAUUGCUUCAGCCAGCCGGGUUACUGCGGUCAUCCCAUGCUUCCCUUAUGCCCGGCAGGAUAAGAAGGAUAAGAGCCGGGCCCCAAUAUCCGCCAAACUUGUUGCAAACAUGCUGUCUGUAGCAGGUGCAGAUCAUAUCAUCACCAUGGACUUACAUGCUUCUCAAAUUCAGGGGUUUUUUGAUAUCCCCGUAGACAAUCUCUAUGCGGAGCCAGCUGUCCUGAAAUGGAUAAGGGAGAAUAUCUCUGAGUGGAGGAACUGCACUGUUGUCUCACCAGACGCUGGUGGAGCUAAGAGAGCGACCUCCAUUGCACACAGGUUGCAUGUGGCCUUUGCCUUGAUUCACAAAGAACAGAAGAAGGCCAAUGAAGUGGACCGUAUGGUGCUAGUGGGGGAUGUGAAAGAUCGUGUGGCCAUCCUUGUGGAUGACAUGGCUGAUACUUGUGGUACAAUCUGUCAUGCAGCUGACAAACUUCUCUCCGCUGGAGCCGCCAGAGUUUACGCGAUCUUGACUCACGGAAUCUUCUCUGGCCCAGCCCUUGCUCGCAUCAACAGUGCGUGCUUUGAAGCGGUGGUCGUCACCAAUACCAUACCUCAGGAGGGUAAGAUGAAACAUUGCUCCAAGAUACAGGCGAUCGACAUCUCCAUGAUCCUUGCGGAAGCCAUCAAGAGAACUCACAACGGAGAAUCUGUUUCCUACCUAUUCAGCCAUGUCCCUUUGUAAUAGAAUAACUUCAGGUUAUUCUAUUUUAAAAUAAGAUAAAAUAAAAAUAAAAAUAUGCCUUGCCCCUUG